AUGGAUGUUAGGACCCCGCCAUGUAGCCUGCAACCCGAUACACCACAACGUGGACUUAUUGAUGUGUCUGUUGAUGGGCCCGACGACUCGGCCGUCUCGAGAGAUGCUGCGACAGUGUUAGAGUUUCUGGCUUGGGGAAGACGGAAAGACCCCGACUGCCACACUGUCGCCUCUCUCGAACCCGCCGAUGAUGCACCCCCUGGAGCUGGGUCGGGUAUACUAGAGGACUUGUCGCAACUUCCAGUGCUUCAGCUUUUACUUCCCAGUUCAGACCAAGUGCAAGAGUUAGUUGAUUAUCAUCGCAACUGUCUGCUGUGGUAUCACGGCAGCUACUUCGCGCCCACUUUCCAGGCACAACUUCGCGACUUCUACGACAAGCACAACGGACUCAUAGAUCAGGCCUCUAUAGAUCUCCAGUGGGUGGCUCUAUUGUUCUCCGUGCUCACUGCAAGUCUCGUUUGCGUACCUGAUGUACGUGCGCAAUCAUGGGGCUUCGAUCAGAUUGAACGACAAAAGCUGUCGCGGCGAUGGUACCAGGCUAUAUUCAUCUGUCUUAACCGCGCAGACUACACGAGCAAUCUGAGCAUUCUAUCGUGUCAAGCCAUCGCCACGGCAACUGCUUCUGCUCAUCUCCUGGGAUUCAGCACGAAGCAGAGCAUCCAUCUUGCCACCGCCGUUCGCAUUGCACAGUCUUUGGGCAUCCAUCGUUUGGGGCCAGAUGCCAGUGGAAGCGAUGUAGCAAAAGAAACUGGUCGCCGGGUAUGGUGUCAGCUUUGCAGCCAAGACUGGUUCAGCAUACCUUUCUCGGAGAGCUAUCUCGUCAGUCCCAGGUACUCGACAUCUGCACCGCCUUCGAAUAGUCACGAUCAUAAUUUGCUUGCAGUAGAUCCUGACAUACCUACCAUCACUAGCUACUCUCGAUUUCUGCGCGACAUCGCAAUAAUCAUGCCCCAGCUCCAAGAUGGCCUUAUCUCAUCUAAUACUCCCUACACUCGUUAUGAGAAAGUCCUGCACUGGGAUGCACGACUUCGCGGUUUAGCUACCCGCGAAAGGCCGUUGUUCAUGAAGAAUACACCCUUAGAUCCAACCUGGCCAGAGUGGGUACCUUGGGCGCGACGUGCUCUAGCCAUCACCUCAAGUCACAAGAUCAUCAUGAUUCAUCGCUCUUUUCUACUAGACAGUUUUGCCAACCCCGCCUUUGCAUUUACCCGUCGAACAUGUCUAGCAGCCUCGAAAACGAUCAUCAAAGAGUACAAGUGCCUCAUUGGCGAAGAUGGCCCUACUUUAUGGAUUCAUCAAGCAUUCGCCGUCGCUGCAUCCAUCACCUUGUUACUCGAUGUACUCCAUCGCGAUCUGCAUGACAAUGAGGGUUACGAGCACCGCGAACUCGCUCAAGAUGUAAUGCAGAUCCUUCAACGGCACCCAGAGAGCAUGAUCGCUACGAGAGGUAGCAAACUUCUUGAAGCUCUGAUUGGCCAGACGUCUCAGGAUGCUCUAGCUCAGCGAGGGAGGAAACGCAACAGAGACGGUACACCUGUUACCAGAUUCGACGUUUCGGCAUUGGUGAAAGACUUUUAUCAGACGAAUAGCGGUAACAGAAACUCUCCGCCAAGAAAUACGGCAACAUCGCCCUCUUCGAUCGAGCCGCGUUCCACAUACCACUCGCAGCAGUGUGAUUCGCUCACCGCAGGUUUUGGACAACUAGAACCUAGCUUUUCGUUAUCAGCUUCUGGUUUAGGCGGUACCAACUAUUUCGAUGAUCUCUUAUAUCUAGCAAAUCACGACUUUGCAGGCACAUAA